AUGCGUAUUUUCAGCUUCGCAGCGGUCCUCGGGUUCGUCUCCAGUCAGACAUUCGCUAAUCGCAUCUACAUCCCUCCGGCCUAUCACAAUGGCAGCGUGAAGGUUGAAAACCUUUCUGCCCCCGGCAACCUUGACGGAUCCAAGAUGAGCACCUCGGCUAACCGCACCUCCUUUGACUUUUGGUAUUUUGAUGCCUUCUCUAAAUCGACUAGCGCGGCUAUCAAUAUCGUCUUCUACAACACGGGGGAUUUUGCAGCCAACCCACAACCUUUGGCCGUCCAGGUUUCGGGAACCUUCGAUAAUGGCACCCAAUUCUCUGCUCAGGCAAUGGCAUCGGGUGGUGCUAUCAUUCAGAAUGAUGAGCAGGGUGUUUUUGGAGAUUGGAAGGGGACCGGAGCCAGAUUCCGUGGAUCGAACCUUGCCAAGCCGCACGUGGAGUACGAGAUCGUUUUCGAUUCCCCAGAAAUUGGCUUGAAGGGUAUUUAUAACCUGAAAUCGCUCGCACCCGCUCACUACCCUUGCAAUCUGAACGUCGAGGGCCUGAGCACCCUCCUGUUGCCCCAUCUCCACUGGGCCAAUGCAGUUCCUGAUGCAAAAGCGACUAUAGUCUUAAAUAUCAAUGGCACCAUUCUUAAUGUCACCGAUGGAAUUGGAUAUCACGACAAGAACUGGGGCGAUGCUUCUAUUAUCACUAGCCCCAAGUACUGGGACUGGGGUCACGCACGCCUUGGACCAUACUCUCUGGUCUGGUACGAUCUUCUUGAUUACAAUAACACGGAGCAUGUGUACGCCUAUGCAUCAAAAGAUGGCAGAGUCUUUGAGACCAGCUGUGCUAAGAGCACUCUUCGGGUUCGUCAAUGGGGUGCCAAUGUCACUUAUCCGCCUACUUUCGGCAUCGCCAAAGCGAAUGGACUGGUCGCUCGCUUUGACCUUGGCAAUGGGCAAACACUUGUCGCAAACCUUACCAAAGAGCACAUUGUCCAUGACGAAAUUGUUUACGCUCGUGCUUUGGGCUCUGUCACUGGUGGUAUUGAGGGGCAAGAGGUGUAUACUGGACGUGACCCGUCCCGCUAUGGGAACGCCUGUACGCCUUCCACCCUUCUGCAUCUCAGAUUCAAACUAAAUUCUUCCAGACAGCCAACCAUUGUGGUAGCAGCUUCAACUACCCUCGUAUUCACAGGAUGCGGUAUCAAUUUUGCCUUCGGUGUCUGGCAGGAACUAUACGACUCCAUGUCCAAGGUUACAAAUACUCCAUUCACAGGGGCAACCCCAGCACAGAUUGACCUAAUCGGUACACUAUCCAUCGCACUCAUGACAAUCGGUGCUCCAUUCACCACGGCAUGGACGAAGCAAUACUCACCACGAGCAGUGGUGUGGAGUGGCGGAGUAAUUUACUCCCUCGCACUCAUCCUAGCGAGUUUCAGCCAAUCCCUUUGGCAAUUCCUGCUCACUCAAGGCCUUCUCCUAGGAAUAGGAACAUGCAUGGCAUACAUGCCCUCCGUGACAGUGGCACCAACAUGGUUCUCACGGCACCGGGGCCUUGCGAUGGGUAUAAUCCUCGCUGGGACAGGUUUCGGCGGUGUCGCAUGGCCACUCGCGUUUCGAUCACUCAUCGAACGCGUCGGAUUCCGCAACACUCUCCGCAUCACAGCUUGCCUUUCCUUCGUCCUCAUUUCGGUAUCGGGGACGUUUAUGAAGUGGCCUGCUAGUCAAAUUACGCGCAUCCAGGUGGAGAAUGCUGCUGCUGCGCGAUCGUCUAGUUUCUUCCGCAUUCCUUUGGUCGAUUGGCGCGUGGCUCGGACCCGUAAAUUCGCUGCGCAUGCUUUGGGCGCCGCACUCCAGUCUGCCGCUUACUAUACGCCUGUUUUUUUCUUUUCUUCAUUCGCUCGUACUCUUGGAUACUCGACCACGAGCUCAGCGAACUUUAUUGCCAUUUCCAAUGCCGCGAAUGCACUUGGAAAAAUUGUAAUUGGGUACGCGGCGGAUCGCAUGGGAAGGCUGAACACGCUAUUGCUGACGACUUUUCUCUCGGCAAUUGCUGUGCUAGCUCUGUGGCUUCCAUCAUCACUUUCAACCUCACAAUCAAGCGGCAGCGCGCUGUUCAUCGUGUUCACAAUCUUUUAUGGAAUCUUUGCCUCGGCCUAUGUGUCUCUUUUCCCAACUAGUCUGGUGGAGUCAUUCGGGGUGCAAAACUUUGUCUCUGUCAACGGGGCUCUGUACAUGGUCAGAGGGUUUGCUACGCUUCUCGGCACACCUAUCGCAGGAGUGCUGAUCCGGAGUUCCCCGCAUCAAACCGCCAGCCCUAGGAGCUAUGAGAAUACUAGUAUCAUGGUCGGAGUUUUACUAGCUGCCGCUACCUUUGCGGUGCUUUGGACUAGGCUAGAGGCUGUAUUCGUGUUAGACGGAGGCCAGGGACAUCGAAGAAAGUGGAUAAUGUAA